AUGGAACAGCAGCAUUACCAUCGUCCCAGACCGGGGGGAAUGGCUGGCACAGUUCUCGACAAACAAGCGAGCAAGUUCAAUAACGAGGAAGCCGAGUAUCUGCUGCAGUGGAUUCAGAUAAAUGAAUGGACUGUCGUUUAUUCAUUUCAGGGAAUCAUUGGAGAACAAUUCGACACGACCGGUAGUCGUGAGAACUUCCGGGACCAGUUGAAGGAUGGCCAAAAACUCUGCAAACUGGUGAACGCGAUUCAAACUGGGAUCAUAAAAAGGGUCAUGAAGCCCAUCUCGAACUUCAACUGCUUGGAGAAUCUGAAUCAGUUCACAACCGCGUGUAGAACACUUGGUGUAAAGGAUGAGGAGACGUUUCAAUCGGUAGAUCUGUUCGAUGGCCGCGACCUUUUCUCAGUUUGUGUUACUCUUCAAAGCCUCGCUCGCAAGGUAGAGCAUUUUAUUUCCAACCAGCAUUUAGUUUGCUGCACGUUUUAUCGGCAUUACCACAUAACUGAUUCCUUUACUAGAUAUUGGUACUAA